CGUGUUUAUCCCAGCCUCCUUUUCCCGUACAAGGCCACUGUUUAGUGACUGUGAACAUCAUGAUGUGGGAGGUAGUGAUCCCUAAAGGGCUGUCCACUCACCCGAAACAACACAAGGAGCCUCCCUAUGAACACACAGCUGACCUUCCAAAACUUCAGGAGGUACCAGAGAAUGAAACAGCAGCAGUUUAUCAAGUCGAAUUGAAGCGUUGUCCUCCCGUACGCGACGCCCACUGGCUUACUCAACUCGCUCACAUCGCCACCGGUCCUCAGAGCCCACUACUACGAGAGCCGUCCCACAGCAGGAGUGAUCUACAUUCUUACGCCCGGCCACCCCUUCCUCACUCCAGGGAGCGACACCACAGCAGAACGAGCAGCGAGGGUAGCGCCACAGUGUCCACCAGGUCCUCUGGGUCUGAUGAUGAAGACAUGGUCUGGAGCAUCUCCUGGCCUGCCACAGUCUGGCACUGUUUUCUCAAAGAUACGUACCUACGUUUCCACAGUGGCUCUAAUGCUGAAUGGCAGAACGUUGAGGACCUUGAAUCAGGCAACGAGGAACAGUCGACAUCUCUGAAGAGUUACGGCUCCGAGGGUCUCCAGCUCAUCGCACAUUCAGAAACUGUUCUCUCAGGUCAAGUAGUCCUGCAACUCACCUUUGACUCUGGAGUAGUCGGGCACAGCCUCUUAACUACCCGAUGUCAACUGGACCACCCGUUCUAUGUCAAAAAUAAAGGUUGGUCAUCAUUCUACCCGAGCUUGACCGUGGUGCAUUAUGGGAUAGCGGGCUAUGAAAUGAAGAUAGGUGAUGUGUGCCUGCCUCCGGGUCACAGAGAAGCCAAACAAAUAGAUGACUCGCUUGUUUUUGACACAUUCAGGAGUUAUGAUUUCACACCAAUGGAUUCUUCGGCAGUGUACCUGUUGAGCAGCAUGGCCAGACGGCGGCACGCCUCCCAAUCCAGUGGGGGCGCUGUUUCACCAGAUCGAGACACAUUACAAGGCAGUCACAGGACCAGCCACGCACACGCUCCUCUCCGUCAGCCAAUCAAAAGUCAGUAUGCCAAGAAAGCAGGAAGUCACCACACCCCACCCAAGUGCAAGCGGCCAAUGAAUGCGUUCAUGCUUUUUGCCAAGAAGUUCAGGGUGCAGUACACACAAAUGCACCCAGGCAAGGACAACAGAGCCAUCAGUGUUCUCCUUGGUGAGCGGUGGAAGAAAAUGCAAAACGAGGAGCGACGGGUGUUUACCUUGCAGGCCAAAGCGCUCGCUGAGGAACAGAAGAGACUCGACCCAGACUGUUGGAAACGCAAACGCGCUGACUACCAGGGGAAUUAGACUGCAGACAAGCAAGGAUGGCCAAUGCAGGACUACAUGCACAUUUACAACAGCCUAAACACGCUGAACAUGAAGCAUUAUAUCUCAAUACAUUAGCUUUGGAGUUUGCUCUUACUGCUUUAAAUGACGCUAUAAAUCAGGCGUAAAUCUCCUAUAUUCCAAGCACAUUAGAUUUUUUUGCGUGUGUGUUGAUUUCCAUGAUUUAUUUUAAAGCAAAUUUCCAAAAAUCUUGAUAUAUGCUUGAAACAGAGGUGCAGGCUUAGGUCUUUUUAGGUCAUGUCAAAGAAAUUACUUUUUUACGCAUGAUUGUACAUGACAUUCAUGGCGAUCACAACCAUUGGAAUACAUGCUGGCAUGCAUGUAAUAUCAAUAUCCUCAGUGUCAGAACCAUAAUAACAUAAAGGGCUUUUGCUUGAUGGCAGCCAUGUUUUUCAACCAAUUUUGCUGACCAAUCUUUGUUGGUCAGUUAGAGGUUUGUGCCAAACUUUAUGGUGAUUCGACAAGACGCCCUAAAGUUACAGUGGGUGUUUUGUAGUGUGGACCUAUGGGGUUUGAUUAGUGCCACCAUGUGUAGUUAUUGUCGGAAAAUUAAUAUAUACCACAUAGAGUGUGUGAAUUGUUUCAUAUAAAUGACCUUAAGUGCAAUUUUAAUAACAAUACAUUUUUUUAAGGAUAAAAGUUCAAAAAAGUAUGUUGUACUACAACAUAAAGCAGGUAUUUAGUAGGGUAGUUUUUUACCAAAGGUCUUUAUUAUGAUGGAUAUGUUACAGUAGGUUGUCAUUUCCUAGACAGCAAAAUACAGUAAUCUGAUAUACGUAUGUAUCAUGGUGGAAUAGCUAAGAAGUAUUUUUGUUUCAAUGCUUUACUUUAGCAGACACAUUCGUUAUAAAUGAUGUGUUAUACAAUACGACAUACCGUAAAUGCUCUAUUUAUAACCAGCGGAUGGGGAGGCUUAUUAUUACGUUUUUUGCCGGCCUUUAGCAGUAGCUUGAAAAGUUCUGAAUGGAUUUGGAUGAAAUUUGCAGAAAUGGCAGGAAACAGGAUAUGGAAGAAGUGAUCAAUUUUUGGUGGUGAUGCGUGUCGCCGCCUGGAUCCAAGAAUGAAUAAUCCAGGAAUUUGUUUGCAUGGCCUUUGUGUAUAUAUAACUCCACAAAGAAAUGGUCACAGUACUUGUUCGGGACAUUUAGCCUUACCCUACACUGCGCUCUCAUGCUAGGUAUUAGCAUGCUAACGUUUGCAUGUUAACAUUGCUAGCAUGCUAAUAGUAGCAUAGUAUCAUUUUUAGUCUUUUUUUAUUGGUGCACUGGACACUAUUAUGCUAGGUAUGAGCAUGCUGACAUUAACAAGAGCAUAUUGAAUUUUUUUGUGAUUUUAAGGAAACAGGACUAUCAUGCUAGGUGUUAGCAUGCUAACAUAAUUAUACAACAUUUUGAACAUUUUCAGAGGUACACGCUUAUACAAACAAUUAGCGCUAUUAUGCUAGGUGUAACAUUAGCAUGUUAGCAUUCUGCAAGUCAUUCAAACCCUUCCAUGGAAUGUUUUCAUAGUCAAGGAAUGUAAAUGUGUCGAGAAAAUAAAUAUUUAUGCUGACCACUCAUGAUACUUCAAAUAUGGCGACUGCCUUCUUGUGAAGUUGAUAAAAACACAUUUUUUGACCCGGGGCUACUAGUAGAGACAGUAGGGUUAGUUGAAUAAGGUUGUUAAUUGGAGCAUUUACGGUGUAACUUGUGUGACAUGAGUGAGUUUGGCUUUUAUGUCCACUGCAGGGUGCUGUGAAGCAUUAAUAACAUGUUGCUAUAAUAAUAAAUUCAAUGUUUGGUGUUCCAGAAAUAUUGCAUAUGUACAACCUGUGUUAUUACAAUAUUUAUAAAGCACUGUAUACACUUUAUCAUGUUAAACUGCCGUGCUAUAAUGUUUAAUGAAAAGUGUUGAUAUAAUUUUGCUUUUGGGGCUCUGGAGUCUUUUAAUGUCGCUGCUUGUUGUAAUAUAAGUAUACGUAUGUAAUAUAAGAUAUGGAAAAGAAAUAAAGAGGACUUACAUUUCAAGUCAAAAA